AUGAGAGUCGAAACAUGCCACUUCUGCUCUCGCCCGGUAUACCCUUCCAAGGGUAUCCAGAUGGUUAGACUGGACGGGAAAGGCUUCCGGUUCUGCCGCUCAAAAUGCCACUCCAACUUUAAGCUGAAGAGACAACCGCGAAAGCUCAAGUGGACCAAGGCUGGCCGCGCAGCCAACGGCAAGGAAAUGAUCGUCGACUCGUCGCUCGUCCUAUCCCAGUUCGCAAAGAAGAGAAACGUCCCUGUCAAGUACGACCGGAAUCUUGUCGCCUCGACGGUCAAGGCCAUGGAGCGGGUGGAGGAGAUCAGAGGACGCAGAGAACGGGCAUUCACGAAGCGCCGCUUGGCGGGCAAGCUUGCGCGGGAACGCAAGCGCGAAGCGGACAGGAAGGUUGUUGCGGAGGGCGAGCAUCUUAUUCGCAAGGAACUCCGCGAGAGAGAGGAGGGAGGGCCGCUCGUCGAAGAGGGUGCAAAGGUUGCCAGCAAGGUCCAUGGAGAGGAGAGACUCCGGCAGAAGAAGAAGACCAGAGUCUUGGUGGAUGGAACCACACAGGACGAGAUGGAUAUGGAUUAG